AUGGAGAUUGUUGACGUUGGUGUGGUUGUUUUGAUCUUGACUGUUGUGAGUGUGAAAAGUGUGGAGGGGAAGGACUUCACACCCUACAAUUUUAGAUCAGUUUACAACUUUGGUGAUCCUAAUUCUGAUACUGGCGGUGGAUCAACUGGAUUCUACCCUGCAGGACCUCCAUCCGGUGAGACUUUCUUCGGUAGGCCUGCUGAAAGGGGCUGCGACGGGCGUCUGAUAAUAGAUUUCAUUGCUGAGCAUCUUGAUUUGCCUCACUUGAGUCCAUACCUGGAUUCCAUUGGAACAAGAUAUCGGCAUGGUGCUAAUUUCGCCAUUGGCGGAUCAACCAUCAGGCCACAAAAUGAAUCAAUGUCUUUAAAUGGAGUAAGCCCGUUCUCACUUGACAUCCAGUUUAUACAAUAUAAUCAGUUCAAGGCUCGCACCAGCUUUCUCUACAACCAAGCCAAGAAAAAUUACCACAGAAAACAUCUCCCUAGACCUCAGGACCUCUCCCAGGCUCUUCAUGUCAUUGACAUUGGUCAAAAUGACAUUGCUGCUGGUUUCAGGCUGAAGAAUGAGUCAGAAUUUCAUGCAUCAAUGCCAGACAUAGUUGACCAGCUAGCUAAAGCAGUCCAAAAUCUCUAUGACCAAGGGGCAAGGACAUUUUGGAUACAUAAUACAGGCCCAAUUGGUUGCUUGCCUGUGAAUCUACACCAUCAUCUUCAGCCUGAUGAACUUGACAAGCAGGGCUGUCUUAAAUCUCUAAAUGACUUUGCUAUAGAGUUUAAUAGGCAGAUUAAGGAUAGAGGGAUCAAACUUAGGACUAAGCUACCAAAUGCUGCAUUAACAUAUGUGGAUAUGUGUGUUGCAAAAUAUGAAUUGAUUGGCAACGCAAAACAGCAAGGAUUUGUUGAUGCAGCCGAGAUUUGCUAUGGAUUUCAUGGCGAUGACAUUCAUAUAUAUUGCGGCAACAAAAUGCAACUAAAUGGUACUGAAAUCUACGCCAGUUUUUGUGAAGAUCCUUCCAAGUAUAUUAGCUAG